AUGCUUGCAUCUUACGACAAUAAGCCGCUACCCAAAUCGUUGCCAUUAGGAAUCACACUGAAUGCAUACAUCUCAAUGUUGUCGGCUGUUGCUAAAAUGGCCCUUGCUGUUCCAUUGGAGGAAGCACUUGGAGCGCAGAGGUACCUAUGGUUCUCAAAAAAAGAAGCUCAACGCCCACUUAUGGACUUCGAGAGAUUCGACGAUGCAGCACGAGGACCUAUUGGCGCAGUGCGCCUACUAUGCCGAACUAGAGCAAGGUCAUUUGCUACUAUCGGUGGCUUCAUAUUUCUUCUUUCUCUAGCUCUUGAUCCCACCUUUCAACAACUAGUAGUAUUACCGAAAAAGCCAUCUCUCGAAAACAGAAGCAAAAUCCCUCGAGUAGUGACGUUACGAAAAGCUAGUAUACAGGAGAGCAAUGGAACGGAAGGCCUUGGCUUUAAUGCAGAAAUGGACUCUGCCGUUUCAACAUUUUUUGUAUCGCACUACACACAAAAGCCGAUUUCCUUCUAUUGUCCGAGCGACGAAUGCACAUGGCCAAAUUUCCAGACUUUGGGUGUAUGUGCUCAAUCAGAGGACAUCUCACACCUACUCGACUUUGGCUGUCGGGAAGAAUCUGGGGACUGGCGGUCGGAGUACGUUCAGGUGAUAUCUGGUACUCGCCCUCCAAAUCUUAACCGAACGUCUUGUGGCUGGUACUUCAAUAUGACCAGUGACCAACCUAUGUUGAUGAGUGGGUACACUCCAGGAGAAACAUCACUAACUGACAGUGCUCUCAUAAUGCGGACGCUCAAUCUUCGAGACCCGUAUAACAAUAAUGUUUAUUGGAAUACCACACUCAUGUUUCCACAAAUCCCUGCACCGAUCUCCAAUUUCGCAAUCGUUGCAUCCACUGAUGCAGAGUCUGUUUUCCAAAACAGAACGCCACAAGCAUACCAAGUCAACAUGCGAUGGUGUAUCAAGACCAUCGCUGCGUCGUUCCGCGAAGGUUUACUCGACGAGAAAGUGGUUUCCACUUUCACCAACGAUACACAAAUACCUGAUCCCCUUAUUACCAAAUGGCUGGAUAACUCCUACUGGGACUACACAUAUACAGAGAAUAUCACAAUCACUCCGCCGGACCAAGGAGACACCUUUGUGGUCUUGAACAAUAGCGCGCUUGCGGCACGUUUUGUCAUGGAUAACUGGACUCCCAGUUUUCUCACGCAAACCAAUAUCUCGACCCUUCCGUUCCUACGGUAUAUGAACGACUACGCACCAAGUGCAUUUGGCAUGGUAUCAGAAUCAACAAACGCUACGUCAUGGAUCGCGUCACGCAAGAUACCUGAUGUAGCACAGGACAUGGCUGAAGCUAUGACUAACUCAGUCCGCAACAACGGGCUCUCGGCGGAAACAAUCCUUGGAACUGGAGUUCCGGAGAUCUAUGUAGAAGUUCAAUGGGCCUGGUUUGCGUUCCCCGUGAUUCUUCUCGUCAUGACGCUAUUCUUUCUCCUUUCCACGAUAUGGCAGACUGCUGGUUCAACUAGUCUGUGGAAAAGCUCAAGUCUCACGGUUCUCACGCAUGGGCUUAGCUGGGAUGCAAAAUAUGCGUUGCGAGAUCUUCGUACGAUGCGAGACAUCAGGGAAAAGGCAGCAGAAAUGCAUGUUUUCCUAAACAAGGAAAAAGAAGGAGGAACCUUGGACAUUCACAUUGAGCCGGCCUCGUCUGGAGACUGGGAAAAACAAUUUGCGGCUAGAUAUCUUUCCAUGGCAUAA